CUUUAUACAGCAUACUUGUAAUUCCCCCUUUUAACUCAACUCUCUCUGUACCCCUUUUUCCUUCUAAUUCCCCCAAAAUUCUUGUUUCUUGAUGCGCCUUUUUCUUAACAACAGGAUUCCAAUCAAUUCUAUUCGAUCUGCUUUCUUUAAUAGCAACAUAAGAAGAUACCCUUCUGCUCUACAGAAUCACAAUCCCAAUUUCAAUUUCGUUUUCCUAAGAAUUUCAUCAAUGGCGACAACUUCAAAGCCAAAUGAAGAAGGCACCGCGAAGCGUUUCUGGGAUAAAUUCAGUAAAGAAUCGAUUCUCACACUCUACACACCGUUUGUUGUUUCUUUGGCUUCUGGAAAUCUUAAGCUUGAUACAUUUGGCCAUUACGUCGCUCAGGAUGUUCAUUUCUUCAAAUGCUUUGCCCAAGCAUAUGAACUAGCCGAGGAUUGUGCAGAUGAUGAUGAUGCUAAAGUUUCAAUUCUUGAAUUAAGAAAGAGGGCCCUUGAAGAGCUUAAACAGCAUGCCUCCUUUGUGCAAGAGUGGGAUCUCGACUUGUCGAAUGAAACGGCACCGAAUGCUGCAACUGUGAAGUACACAAACUUCUUGUUGGCAACCGCAUCUGGGAAAGUUGAAGGAGUAAAAGGUCCUGGAGAACUUGCGACUCCUUUUGAAAAAACUAAGGUUGCAGCAUACACGCUGGGGGCAAUGGCCCCUUGCAUGAGGCUUUAUGUUUUUCUUGGAAAGGAGCUCAAAUCGCUUGCGGAUGCUAAUGGUGAUAAGCACCCAUACGAGAAAUGGAUCGACAAAUACUCCUCUGAAGCCUAUCAGGCAGCAAUGCUCCAGACUGAAGACUUGCUGGACAAAUUAAGUGUCUCUUUGACGGGUGAAGAACUUGAUACUAUGCAAAAACUUUAUCAUCAAGCAUUGAAACUUGAGAUGGAAUUCUUUUUAGCUCAGCCUGUUGAUCAGCAGACCGUUCUUCCAUUAUCAAAGCAGCAUAUUCCUACAGAACACCGUCUUAUGAUUUUUUCUGAUUUCGACUUGACAUGCACAGUGGUGGAUUCGUCUGCCAUUCUGGCUGAGAUUGCUAUAGUUACUGCACCAAAAUCUGAUCAAAUUCAACCUGAAAGUCAAAGUCAGAUCACUAGGAUGCCCUCGGUUGACUUGAGAAACACAUGGGAGGUACUCUCGAGACAGUACUCAGAAGAGUACGAACAAUGCACAGAAAAUAUGUUGGCCAAUGAGAAAGUUGGGAGCUUUGACUAUGAGGGACUAAAGAAAGCGCUCGAACAACUAUCAGGGUUUGAGAGAAGGGCAAACACUAGAGUGAUAGAAUCAGAGGUACUCAAGGGCUUGAAUCUAGAAGAUAUUAAACGUGCUGGUGAACGACUUAUUCUCCAUGAUGGUUGCAUGCGGUUCUUUCAGAGCGUCACCAAGAAUGAAAAUUUGAAUGCGAAUGUGAAUGUCCUAUCCUAUUGUUGGUGUGGUGAUCUUAUUAGGUCCGCUUUCUCAUCAGGGGGCAUCCACACAGUGCAUGUACGUGCAAAUGAAUUGGAGUACGAAGGCUCUCUAUCCACUGGGGAAAUUGUGAAAAAGGUCGAGUCCCCCAUUGACAAGCUUGAAGCUUUUACCGAAAUUCUGGGGAAAACUGACAAAAUGAACCUGACAAUUUACAUUGGGGACUCCGUUGGUGACUUGCUUUGCCUGCUUGAAGCCGAUAUAGGCAUAGUAAUUGGCUCAAGUUCAAGUCUUCGAAGAAUUGGGAGCCAUUUUGGUGUUUCCUUCAUUCCGUUGUUUCCUGGUUUAGUGAAGAAGCAGAAAGAGCAUGUGGAAGGAAGCUCUUUCAGUUGGAAACGCUUAUCGGGCGUUCUGUAUACAGUUUCUAGUUGGGCGGAAGUACAUUCUUUCAUCAUUGGUUCUUGAAAAAAAACCGUUUUAUGUGUAGGUAUAGCACAAAAAGGAGGCAUCUUUACGUAUAAUAGAAUGAAAAGAUACAACUUCUGAUGGCUGGUUUUAGUAUGGGCCGCGAUAUAUUCAUAAUGUUGGUGUAUUUUUCAUCUCGACAACAGGAUUUUCCGCUUAAGGAAAUGCUAUUUUUGCGAUAAGAUGAAAUGGGGAUGAAUGGUGUUUCAUAAGGUGGGAGGAUCUGUUAUCAUAAAAUUCAAAGUUUUGACUCUUGUUCCUCUACAUAUAUUUUGAUUCAAAUUUUUGGUUGGUAAAUAUGUGAAAUCUUUGUGAUGAACCUUCAAUGCAACAGAUG